AUGGCCGCCCUCCGGUCUUGCACCGCUCCCCUCCGCUGGGCAACGAAAUCCUCAACACUCAGCUUCGUCCGGUACAACUCAUCCCACAGCAGCUCGACUUCCGCCAUUGCCUACAAGGCUCUUCGAAACCGCUCUGCCCCUCUACCCGUGACCAACUCCCCGCCAGCAUGGUCUGCCCAAGCCGCCGUCUCCAACAUUCUCUAUGAGACUCCUACGCCGUCCAUGGCGCCCCCGAAGCGCCAUAUCCUCAAUUGCUUGGUCCAGAACGAGCCCGGUGUCUUGUCCCGUCUGUCUGGUAUCCUCGCAGCUCGCGGCUUCAACAUUGACUCGUUGGUCGUGUGCAACACCGAAGUAGAGGACCUGUCGCGCAUGACCAUCGUUCUGACUGGUCAGGAUGGUGUCGUCGAGCAAGCCCGUCGACAGCUGGAGGAUCUUGUUCCCGUCUGGGCUGUGCUGGAUUACAGCAAUGCCGCCCUUGUCCAGCGUGAGCUGCUCCUAGCCAAGAUCAACAUUUUGGGUCCUGAGUACUUCGAGGAGCUGCUCGCUCACCAUCGUGAGAUUACCGCGGGCGAAUACGACGGCGAGCACGCUCCCGAGGGUGCUGAGCAAGCUCAGUCUCUGGAGGAGACGUCUGCUGAUUUCCAUCCUAGCAAGUUGGCCGCCAGUGAGGCGUUGCGCCACAAGCAUGAGCACUUGAAGACGAUUACCUACUUUACUCACCAGUUUGGCGGUAAGGUGUUGGAUAUCAGCACCAUUAGCUGCAUUGUGGAACUCUCUGCUAAGCCUUCCCGAAUCGACUCAUUUCUCAAGCUCAUCGCCCCCUUUGGUAUCCUCGAAUCAGCUCGCACUGGUCUGAUGGCCCUACCUCGGUCUCCUCUCCGAGGUCCUACUGAGGAACCGCUCAUCAAGGAGGCAGAGGAGGUUGUCGAUGCUAGCCAGCUGCCCCCUGGCUAA